CCGGCCGUCAGUCGCGCGGCGCUCGCCGCAUCGUUGGUUCACUGCGUCAGGGUCCAGGCGGUGAGGGGAAGCUUCGUGAUCCAUGCGACGUGAGCAGGUGUAGUGAAGUGAUAUGGUGAUUUGUUGUGAUUGUUAAACGACCAGCACUGGCACCGCUCGAGCCACCCGUCGCGUGAUGGCGCAUGGAGUGCGUGCGGCGUGUGUGGUGCGCGACGCAGGUGUCCGUGGUGCUAGUUGUACUGCUGGGUCUGGUGGGUCUGGUGGGGCGAGUGGGGGCCGGGCCGCGGUACAGCUCGCGCAUCGUGCACACUCACACUGGUGCAAUCAGAGGCAUCAUCGUGGAGCCAGCAUCACGUCGCUUGGAGCCAGUGGAAGUGUUCCGGGGGGUUCCAUAUGGGGCAAGACCGCCUCGUCUGGGGCCGCCUCCUCCCCCCGAUCCUUGGCCUGGUACACGACUGGCGGACACCUUCCCACCGGUCUGCCCUCAACGAUAUCCAGACAUAUCAAACAAGAGUGCAGCACUCUCGAAGAUGCCACUAGGAAUUUACAACGAGCUGAAAGCCACUAUACCACUAUUAGUCAACCAGAGCGAAGACUGUCUCUAUCUCAAUAUCUUCGUGCCCGGUAGCGGUGCGAGGGGCGUGGAAGCGCCGUACGCGGUAGUGGUGGUUGUCGGAGGCGCUCACGAGUGGGGCUCAGGGAACUCUUUGGACGGUGCCGUGCUCGCCGCCCGCGCUCAUCUACUCGUCAUCACCAUCAACUAUAGGAUAGGUCUAUUAGGUUAUUUAACAACGGGGACGUCUGACGAGGUGUCGGCGGCGGGCGGGGCGGCUGUACUAGACAUGACCGCGGCGCUCUCGUGGGUCAACCGGAACAUCGCGGCGUUCGGCGGCGAUCCAAAAAGACUUACUCUGCUCGGACACGGUGCCGGCGCUGCCCUUGUCAAUGUGAUACUUAUGCUACCAUCUAGUAAAGGUCUGAUUACUCGUGCGUUACUUUUGAGCGGCUCAGCGCUCAGCCCGUCCGCUCUAGCGCCCGACGCCGCGCUCGCCAGAGAACACACAGCUCAAGCUCUACGGUGUUCCAAAGACACUAACAUGGGCGAACAUUGGUUGGCAACAUGUAUCCGUUCCCGUCCUCUAGCGGUUCUGUUAGCAGUUGAAGCGCCUCACGCACGAUUCCUGGCAGGUUGGGCACCUUGUCCUCCAGCACAACCAACACGAGCUCUUCACGCUAGUGAAACCUUCCUUCAGUGCUCAUUAGCCGUCGUCGUCACCACUACCGAGAGUUACCAGUUCUUUAGCGAGGAUGAUAUCAGACACGGUUUUGAGGAAGAACACAGGAGUCGUAUUCUCCGAACCUACGUCCGGAACGUGUACCGCUACCACCGAAACGAAAUAUUCGCGGCGAUCCGCAACGAGUACACUGACUGGGAGAAGCCGAUCCAACAUCCCAUCAACAUCCGCGACGCGACACUUGAGGCACUCAGUGAUGCUGCAGUUGCAGCACCAGCGUUGCGUCUUGCACAGUUGCACGCUAAGAGAGGAGCCAGAACUUAUCUCGCCCACUUUACACAUCAAACUAAGGACGCAGACUAUCCCCAGCGUUUAGGCAGCGUUACAAGUGAAAGUCUGCCCUACUUCUUAGGACUUCCUUUAGUGGGGGGUAUGCCUUUUCACCCUCGAAACUAUUCUCGAGGAGAUGUGUCAGUAGCCGAAACGACUGUGAUGCUGCUCGCUGCUUUUGCAAAAACUGGUGAUCCAAGCCCGAAAAAUACGGACAAACAUGACAGUGUGAAUUGGCCCGAAUACGAUCUAAAUACACAGCAGUAUUUAAGCAUAGGUACAAAAGUUCGCACAAAAAGUCACUACCGCGGUCACAAGAUGGCUCUGUGGUUGCACCUCGUCCCACAACUACACCGCCCCGGCGCCGCUCCCCGACACCAUCAGUUUAGAUCACUGCACCCCGACAUGUUCGCAGGUGAAAUAUUCCCUGAGUUACAUACGACACCAUCUUUGGAGGAGGAGAGCACUGAAGAAGAGCCUGAAGUAGAGGAGUGCGAGCCGUCACCGUCGGCACGACCAGCGCUCUCCGCUAUGACUACACCACAGCCCACACCAAAGGAAGACUCCUUGACUAAUUUGGACUCCCAAUACUAUAGUUACACGGUGGCGUUAGGCGUCACAGUUGGAGCGGGUUGUUUCCUCUUGGCAUUGAACCUUCUCGUGUUCGCGGGGAUCUAUCUCCAGCGAGAGAAACGAAGAGCUAAUAGAAGACCGAGAAGGGAAGGUAGCUGCAGUAGCCGAAGUGGUUCAGCUCCCAUAGCCGAGCCAACUAUCACAUCACCCAGGAAGAGUACAUUAAAGCGUAGCAGCGAGGCAGAAUUAAGCGAGAGACCGGCAAACGCGCCGCCAAAAAAACGCGUUCAAAUACAAGAGAUUUCUGUGUAGAUGACUUCUAGUGUUAAAUGGUUGACUGGCUUGGAGUUAUCAGUCGCAAAGAAUUCCUUAUGUGACUUGGUGUACGUGUUAUACUCUGACCAAUAUAUUGUGGAUGAAACUUACAUAAUGCAUAUGUAUAUUGUGAAGUACACUUGGGAAGCUUAAGAGGGUGAGUUAACGACUAAUCUUAACAUAUUACCCUCAAAUGGAGUUCAAAUAAAGGGUACUUGUAAGUUCAUAAUCAAUGUUUUUAUCGCUAGCUUAAUUUUGACGACUAAUUUUAAUGAGAUGUCUACAGCUGUCUUCCCCUAAAAAGAAUUGGUUACAAUAUCGUAUCUAACUUUAUAACAAUUGAAUUUUUAAUUAAUGUUUUGCGGCUCGAGUGCAACGUUUGUUAUCUUUCAAAAUCUAUUCACUUUGUUGUAUGUAUCAUAAUUAUACGGAUAGUUAUUUAUGUGUUUAGUUGAUGUAAGAAUAUUGUAUACGUAGUUUAUAUAAUAGAUACUUCUAUAAUAUGAUAUUCUAUAUUUACCUCAUACUAAAAGUAUUUAGAUGUUUGUAAAGAAGGAACUGUUAUGUUAAUAUGGUUAGGUAUGUAUAGAUCGAUCACUAAAAAGAUAGAGAACGAUUUUUCUGAUAAACUUGAAUUUAUACGACUUUCUCGAUAAGAUAAAUUUUCAAAUUGCUAGUGAAUUUCUUAAAUACCAUCAAAAGAUUGUUAAAAUGUUUUUAUGACCUCUUUAUAUAUUUGUUUUAUAUUUAAUGUUUAUUUUAAAUUCCAUUCAUUUUACAAUUUUCAAGGAAAGUAUUAGAAAUGUUACAUUUUAUUAUAUUUUCUAUUUUUUUUUACAUAAGGCGAGUAUUUUCAAGGAAACACUCUGUAAAUAAAUUUAUUAGUAAAAUACUGUAAAUAUUAGAUUGGACGUGAAUAUCUGUGACUAAAUUCUCAAGAAGAGAAGGUUUUAUUAAACCACUUUCCUGAAA